GUGAGGCGAGUAGUGAGUGCAGCCCAGGCUCCUUGUUUGGGAUGUGGGAGGGUGCGUUGAGCAGGGAUGAGAACUACAUAAGUACACCACAAACCAGUGAGUAGCACACCAUCACCAAGUGGCUAAAUCCCCCUCCCCGGCCCAGCACUGUCAGGUGAUUGUCUCCUGUUGGAGUAAGGAAGGAAAUCCGAGCUGAAAAUGUGUGACGACGAAGAAAGUACUGCCCUUGUGUGCGACAAUGGAUCAGGACUGUGUAAGGCAGGCUUCGCCGGGGAUGAUGCUCCCAGAGCAGUGUUUCCCUCCAUAGUGGGUCGUCCCAGACAUCAGGGUGUGAUGGUGGGAAUGGGGCAGAAAGAUAGUUACGUUGGUGAUGAGGCGCAAAGCAAAAGAGGAAUCCUGACCCUCAAGUACCCCAUCGAGCACGGCAUCAUCACAAACUGGGACGACAUGGAAAAAAUAUGGCAUCACUCUUUCUACAAUGAGCUCCGUGUGGCUCCGGAGGAGCACCCCACUCUGCUGACAGAAGCCCCCCUCAAUCCCAAAGCCAACAGGGAGAAGAUGACCCAGAUCAUGUUUGAGACCUUCAAUGUUCCAGCCAUGUAUGUAGCUAUCCAAGCUGUGCUGUCCCUCUAUGCUUCGGGGCGUACAACAGGCAUUGUCCUUGACUCUGGUGAUGGUGUCACCCAUAAUGUGCCCAUUUACGAGGGCUACGCUCUUCCACAUGCCAUUAUGCGUUUGGAUUUGGCCGGCCGUGAUCUCACUGACUACCUCAUGAAGAUCCUAACUGAAAGAGGCUACUCAUUUGUCACAACUGCUGAAAGAGAAAUUGUCCGUGAUAUCAAGGAGAAGUUGUGCUAUGUCGCACUGGACUUUGAGAAUGAGAUGGCCACAGCAGCCUCUUCCUCCUCCCUGGAGAAGAGCUAUGAGCUUCCUGAUGGACAGGUCAUCACCAUUGGCAAUGAGAGGUUCCGCUGCCCUGAGACGCUCUUCCAGCCAUCAUUCAUCGGUGAUCUAUUGUUUCUCUUUCUUCCCAUCUCCUUUCAAAUUAUGAAUUCACAGCACUUUGAUAUAAAUGCUUUAAAUGCAUUGCACUUUUUGUUAGGAAUGGAAUCGGCUGGCAUCCAUGAAACCACUUACAACAGCAUCAUGAAAUGCGACAUUGACAUCCGUAAGGACCUGUACGCUAACAACGUGCUGUCUGGUGGUACCACCAUGUACCCUGGUAUAGCAGACAGGAUGCAGAAGGAGAUCACGGCUUUGGCCCCCAGCACCAUGAAGAUUAAGAUCAUCGCCCCACCUGAGCGCAAGUAUUCAGUAUGGAUUGGCGGCUCCAUCCUGGCCUCUCUCUCCACCUUCCAGCAGAUGUGGAUAAGCAAGCAGGAGUACGACGAGGCCGGACCAUCCAUUGUGCAUCGCAAGUGCUUCUAAAUGGCACCUUCAACCCCCUCCUGGUCCCCUAAUUCUGCUAUUGCUUCAUAGCCUGUAAACUGUGAACGUACCCUUUACUUCCCUCUGUUUUGUCUUUGCACUGCCCACAUCUGUUUGAAUGUUUUGAUUUAAUUAUGUCAUGACGAUAUAGUGUUGUUUUCAAUGGGUUAAAAAGCUUGAAUGUGCUGCCAAUAUGAAAGAUUUGGGAGAUUCUUUGGGGUGGCGAGACUCCAGGGAUGAGGAGAGGGCAUCGAUGAACAGGGCUCAUUCUCCCUUUUGUGUUAAAACGCUACGAGGUAACACAACUGCAUGUCGGCUUUCAGGCAGUCUGUAUGGAUAUCAUAUCUACAUGAAGGAAUAAAGCUCUGCAAUAAUAAA